AAUUAAGUGACUGCCUCAUCCGGGCACUCAAAAAACCCUAAUUUCUGUCUUCCUUUAUCUCAGUCGCCGUGACGCGAACGAAGACACUGAGAUCCGAAUCCACACUUCAGCAUGAAGUUCAAUGUUGCGAAUCCCACCACUGGAUGCCAGAAGAAGCUGGAAAUCGACGAUGACAUGAAGCUUCGUGCUUUUUGGGACAAGAGGAUCUCUCAGGAGGUUAAUGGCGAUGCUUUGGGAGAGGAAUUCAAAGGCUAUGUUUUCAAAAUUACUGGAGGGUGUGACAAACAAGGUUUUCCAAUGAAGCAAGGAGUGUUAACUCCCGGUCGUGUUCGCCUCUUGCUUCACCGAGGAACUCCUUGUUUCCGAGGACACGGAAGGCGUACUGGAGAGCGAAGGAGGAAGUCUGUCCGUGGGUGCAUUGUCAGUCCAGAUCUAUCUGUUCUGAACUUGGUGAUUGUGAAGAAGGGGGAGAAUGAUUUGCCUGGCUUGACAGAUAUUGAAAAGCCAAGAAUGAGGGGUCCCAAGAGAGCUUCCAAGAUCCGUAAGCUCUUCAAUUUGUCCAAGGAGGAUGAUGUUAGGAAGUAUGUCAACACCUACCGUCGUACUUUCACAACCAAAGCUGGGAAAAAGCAGAGCAAAGCACCAAAGAUUCAGCGCCUGGUCACUCCCUUGACACUUCAAAGGAAGAGGGCUAGAAUUGCUGAUAAGAAGAAAAGGAUUGCUAAAGCAAAAUCUGAGGCUGCAGAUUACCAAAAGCUUCUUGCCUCGAGAUUGAAGGAGCAGAGGGACCACCGUAGUGAGAGUUUGGCUAAGAAGAGAUCAAGGCUCUCUACCGCCAAGCCCGUUGCAGCAUAGGCUUCUUUUGCACAAAUGAAGUUCAUACUUCACAUGAGUUUUUGUUAGUAUUAUUUUUUGUUGCUGCUUUUGAUAUGUUAUUUUGCAAUUCAACCAUGUUGUUUUAAUACUUUUUUGUCUUCAAUGGAUUUAAAAUAGAAUUUAACUUCA